AUGCCGUACAACCAUAUAUCACAACCACAAUCAUUCCAUGAUCGUCCACCACCACCAAAACAUCUAAAUGCCAAACAAGCAGGAAAUUGGAGAAGAGCAGAUAACAAAUCUCGUUAUAAUGAAGAAUUAAGAAAUUCCAAGGCUCCAUUUAACUGUGAACCCGGGUCAUUUGAUGUUGUGUUUGUCGAUUAUACUACUACAGAUGAAAGAUUAGCUUAUUUAUUAGAAACCACAGAAAAUGUUUACCACCAUCAUCAACAUCAAGAUUCGAAACAAUCAAAUUAA